GUCGCCGCCGCGCGCGCGAGCGAGCGGUCUCCAUGGCAACUAGUGGGGCCUGCGCAAGGCCCCUUCGCCGCCGCCACUGCUGCCACUGCCGUCUGCUCCGCUCCGCCCCCACCGAGGUCACGCCGCGACCCGCCCUCCACUACGACCCCGGUCCAGCUCGCGCUCCCGCCCGAGGCCGCCCUCCUCCCUCCGCCGCGGCCUCCCUGGCCUGACCUGACCGGGAAGCAGUUCCGGCGGACGGCCGCCGUGACUCAUCCGCCUGCUUGCAUCCCCAGAUCGUGCCAUCUUGGCUGCGGCCGGCGGGGCACCCGGAGCCGCGGAGGAAGCCGCGGAGACCCAGGUACGAGUCCGCCGCCAGUCCCAGGCCCGGCUCCGCCGUCGCGGCAGGUGCGUCCGCCCUUUGUUGUGCCCCAGGCCCCAGAACAAGUCCAACCUCCUGUGCUGCCCGCCUUGGCCUUGUGAGGUCCGCGAUAAAGGAGCCGGUCCGGAAUCGGGGAUCCCCAAGGCCUGCACCAGCUGCCUGGCCGCGACUGCGCCCAUCCUUGGCGUGUCUACCCUGCCUUCAAUCUGAGACUUGAACCCUACCUAUUCCCUCAUUCCUGCCUGUGUCUACCAAAUUUUAGCAUCACUGGUCCUCAGGUUCCCGGUUAUCCAAACCCUUUCUCCCACCCAGCAGUUCAUCCUUUGGUUGACCUCUGCCAACAUGGUCCAACCCCAGACAUCAAAAGCUGACACCCCAGCCUCCGUAGCCUCUACCAAUGCCCAAAUGGAUGAUGUCAUUGACACCUUGACCUCCCUGCGCCUCACCAACUCUGCACUCAGGCGGGAGGCCUCUACGCUGAGGGCGGAGAAGGCCAACCUCACCAACAUGCUGGAGAGCGUGAUGGCAGAGCUGACCCUGUUACGCACCAGGGCUCGGAUUCCGGGCGCGCUGCAGAUCACCCCGCCCAUCUCAGCCAUUACCUCCAACGGGACCCGGCCAAUGACCACGCCCCCGACCUCUCUGCCUGAGCCUUUUUCCGGGGACCCGGGCCAGCUAGCGGGGUUCUUGAUGCAGAUGGACAGGUUCAUGAUCUUCCAGGCCUCCCGCUUCCCGGGGGAGGCUGAGCGUGUGGCCUUCCUCGUGUCCCGGCUGACUGGGGAGGCAGAGAAGUGGGCGAUCCCCCACAUGCAACCUGACAGCCCCUUGCGAAACAACUAUCAGGGGUUCCUGGCGGAGUUGCGGAGAACCUACAAGUCCCCGCUGCGGCACGCGCGUCGCGCCCAAAUCAGGAAGACUUCCGCCUCCAAUCGAGCUGUGCGGGAGCGGCAGACGCUGUGCCGCCAGCUGGCCGCUGCGGGUGCGGGCCCCUGUCCUGUGCACCCCGCCUCCACCGGGACUGGUCCCGCCCCCGCCCUGCCCGCCCGAGCACGGAACCUUUAAGAACCUGCCGCCAUCCUGGUCGCCUCUGCAACUACCAGGUCGCAACCCCCUUUGCUGCAUAGAAGAAAAACCCCUACCACAGCAUCCUUCUUGUUUGAGACACCCCUUCCGGCCUCUCCAGACCCGUUCCAGAAGGAGAUCUUCAUACUCUCGGGCACCCUGUCACCCACCUCGCUUCCUAGUGCUCCGUGCUAGCUCUGCACCCGCGCCCCCGUGCAUGUUUCCCUCUCAUGCUUGCAGCUGCAGCUCCUCUGGUGACCGCAGCUCUGCUGCUCGGUCACAUCGACCCCACAUCAUGCUGCGGACCACUCGGGCGGACCCCGCCUGGCCUGGCGAGGUUCGCAGAUGCUCCUCUUCCGCCCUCUGCAGACCCCCAGGGCAGCAGCGCCCCACCUGGCUGCCCUGUUCUCACUGAUGAGCUUGCUGACGACAGAAGGCACUUUGGAUGGCUGGUGGCUUGACGUGGGGACCUGGAGAAGGGAGUCUGGCCUCCCACCUGUGAGGUCGGCAGUCCAGCCAGGGCCCAGUGUGGCAGGCAGGGGCCCUGUCCUUGCUCUUGGUGGCCGAGCAGUCGCUGUGGGAAUGUAGUGCCCGCAUGUCUGGGAGCACGCUCCAGUCCGCACCAGAGUACACGGUCAGCGGGCCCAUUGUUGCCGCCGGGAAAGGCCGCAACGCAGGUAAAGGGGGAGACCUGGCAGAGGCACCUCCACGAAUGCCUGGCUUGAGCUGCCGGUGUUCUGAUGGCGCCGGGAGUUCUGGGAAUCUGGAACUCGCCUGCUAGAGAAGGUGACUGGCUUUGGACCACUGGGUGGCUCCCGGCAGCGGCCGGAGCAGCCGAUCCGUGCACACAGUGCCUGAGGCCCUCUGCCAGCUGAGGGCUUGGCCUCCAGUGGGGAUCGCCCUGGCUGCUAGUGCGUGGUCACCCUUCCACUGUUCCGUGUCACUUGGUGGUGGGCCUCAUCGGGCUUGAGACUUGUUCUCUUCUCCAUUCAGGUGACAAGUGGCCUUUACCUCAGCCCCUCAGCCACCCCCAGCAUCUUUCGGUCUCCAGACCCCCCCAUGUGGCUUUCCGCACCCCCCAAGCCUGGGCUGUCCGUCAGCCGCCCAGCCUUUGCUCAAGAAGUCUCGGCCUCUGACAGCCGGAGACCCACCGCCUCUGGGAUGCGUCCGGAAGCACCGGAGGCAAGGCAGCAUUGGCCUCUGGUCGCCCCAGGCAGGGCGUCGGUGACGCUUGUGAAGGAAAAGAGCUGCGGACUACCUCCAUCCUCAGGCGACAGUGCAGACUGACACUCAAGUCCUAACUCUGAGGGACAAAGCCAUACUUCUUAGUGGUGGGGGCCUUGCGCUUCCUCAUGGGGACGCCUGGCCUUCCCUUCCCCAGUGUCUUUGCCGAGUCCUUUGGCCGGCGAUGCCCCCGCCGCAGUUGAACGCCAAGUGAGCUGCACCUGCGCAGCCGCCUGGACAGUGCGGGGAGUUGGGGUGUGUCACCCUGGGCGCGUCCGCCCCUGCUCUGCUGGCAGCAGAGGGACGGCUUCUGCACACGCCCAGAGACACGUCUUGGGUUACCCAGAGGUUGGGUCCUGGGGCCCACCCUUCCUUCUUUAAGAGUUUUGAUGUUGGGAGAAGUGACCACGUUCCUGAAGCAACCGCUGCCUUGCAAGGUCAAGGGUACCCAGUGUUGCUGAUGUUCGUGGGUCACUGCCACCCUCUCAUUGUAAACUCCGUUAGCCCAAUUGCCCUGCUCAACGACCGCCUGAAUACAGGCGGCAGGCCCCCUGGAUUCCAGCCGCGGCUGUUCAGGUGGGCCCGUGGUGCUCUUCAAGCUUGCACUGGAGGAAGACACGGGAGCUGCCGUUCUGGGGGCGGGGCCUCGGUCCGGGCAUUCAGACCACUUCCUCUCAGGGCUCCGUUUCCCUCUGCCUGCGUGCCGGGUGGAGGCUGUUGCCGACGAAGGGUGCAGCGGUGCCCGGGGAGAAGGAAAGCCCGUGGGCGGAGCAGGUGCCUGGAAGCUGCCCGUGUGGCCUGGCGCAGCUGGGGUGGGAGGCCCAGUGCCGGCGCAGGGCGGGAGCUGGGUUCUCUCAGCCGCCCCCAGGCCCACUUCAGUGUCCCGUGUCUGCACCAGGCGCAGCGUUUCGGCCACGCUGCCCGCACACCAGGGCCAGAGCCGCCCAUGCCCAUGGCGCUGAACGUGGGCCGUGGUGCCCGGCCCGGGCUGCUGCUCCGGUUUCCUUUAGCCUAGUGACUUGGUGCUUGUGUCUGUGGGCUCGGGACUGGCGCUGUCGGACACCCACAGCCUUGGUCGCUUCCUGCAGCUGUAGGAGCGGGAGCAGGCGAGCGAGUGGGGGUGGCCCUCACGUUGGACAGGGAAGAGAUGCCACAUGGGGAGCCCACCGGCUCCAGGGGAAGACACACAGUCCCCUGCAAAAGAGGAUGGGACCCGAGCUCCCUGUGGCCCAGGGCUAGGCCACGGUGGGGGGCAGGGCCAAGCCGAAGAAUGGAGUUGGGGAGGGGAGCUGCUUUGUACAUACCUUGGGGUUAUACUUUCCAUUUAAGGGAACUCGUGCUGGUUUGCAGAGGGGCCGGCCGUUAGUAGUGUUGAUGCAUGCGAGGCACACAUCUGUUUUCCACGGUGUUGGCAUCGGACUGGACCGUGACUGCGUUCUGGCCCAUGCGACCCCCAUCUGGCAAGGAAGCUUCAUCUCCUGACCGCACCCCGUCGGGUGGGAUUCCGAGUGAGGGGUGGGCUCCUGGUCCGAUGCAGAGUGUGACCUUGGGGUUAACUAAUGUCAGUGUCCUACAGCAUUUCAGUGACUUCUGGGGGAAAGCAAGACCCGUUUGCUGGGUCCCAGGUAAGUAUGCGGUGAGUGAGUCAGGACGAGGACCGCACAGAGGUACAGGUGAGGCUCCCUGACCCACACGCUUCUGAACACGGGGGACAGAACCACCCACUGGGUGACCGAGACCCUGACAGGCCUGCGGGACAGUGGGCAGAGGUGGGCCUGGACUCGGGAGGGCAGGCCCCACGACUGUGAAAGGAUAGGCAGGGACCACUGACCGCCAGCGGGGCUUUGGGUCGGGAGAGCCGCCUGCAGGGGCCCUCCCUCCGCCCGGUAGCCAGAGCUGUGGGACCAGGAUCACCUGUGCUCCGGAAGCGAUGGCAGUUUCGAGACGACGAGGGGCGACGGCAGGCUCCGGGCCAUCAGCUAAAGCUGAUGGCCGAGCCCGGUGUAGGGAGGGGGCCAAGGGUCCAGCAGGCCACCGCCCACUGUGAGUGGAGCUGCCGUCUCCCGUGUCGCCUCAGGGCCCCGGCACCCGGCGUGGUGGCGGCAGUUGGUACAGCACAGGCGCAGUGGACACGGAGGAACCCCAGCCCCUCACUUCAGCCUCACGGACCCCUUUCCGUAAACAAGUCCCAGCCUGCUGUCGGGUCUGUCGGGAAACCUACACGUCGUAGAGAUUCUGGAACAUCACGCAGAGCAAAGAGAAGUCAAGUUCAACAUUUUGGGAUUUCUCCUUUCAGCCUCCCCCUCCCCCUUGUCACCACUAAUUUUCUUUAGAGAGGGCCGGUGUGGCCGCAUCAGGCGGGUGGCCGGCAGAGCCGGGGCUGCUCCCUGCGCUGCUCCUGCCCCUCCCCCCGCUGCAGGUCGAUGGGCGUCCUCGUGCGUAAAGCCUUCCCCCGGCCCGCUGUUCCCUUAGGGUACAUGUUCCGGGGGCGGGGCUGCGGAGUGAGAGGGUAUGGGGACCCCCGAGGCUCCGGUUCCACACUGACAGAGUGGUUUUCCCAAACGUGUCCGCUCACACUGCCACCCGCACGGACGAGUGGCCCGUUCUGCCGUCUCGCCGGCGCCGAGUACCAUCACCUGGCUAAGUCUUUGCCGACUUGAUCACGAAGAAAUAGCCUUUGUUUUCAUUCCCACCUCUUUGGUUUUUAACCCAGUGCGACAUCUUUCCGCGUCAAGCAGCUGUGUGUCCUCUUCUGAACGUCAUGGUCGUCCUUGGCCCUCGUCCCCCGGGGCCUGUCUGACGCGUUUGUGCGAGCUCGUUGUGCAUUAAAGAUACUAACCUGCCGAGUGGCGUCUGCUGCUGCGCGCUUCCAGCCUUCGCUUCCGUGGGCGUUUGACUGACUGCAGCGCCGGCGACCUCUCUGUGGCCGACGCGGUGGCCCCCGGCACCUCCUGCUGACGGCGGCGAGGCGGGCCAGUGUGUCUUGUCCCUUUUGUUCACAGGCGUGUCAUGGCAUCUGUAACCGUGCCCUCUGGCACACAGUAGGUGCACAGUGAACUGCCAGACUCUCACGCAAGUGGAUGUGCUGGGUGCAGAGGACCCGUGGGUGGGGAAAACAGUCCCUGCCCAGGUACCCACGGGCCAAGGGCAGCCCUCAAGCUUUGGGUCCCCAAGUCCCUUCACACUUAUCACUGAGGACCCCAAAGAGCUUUUGCUUGUGUAGGUCUUAUCAAUAAUCAUACGUUAGCCCUGGCUGGUGUGGCUCAGUGGGUUGAGUGUGGGCUGUGGACCACAGGGUCGCCUGUUCCAUUCCCGGUCAGGGCAC